AUGACGGCCCAGCGCAUACGCAGAUACACACCCGGCGGCCCCUCGCCACAAACACGCGCGCGCACGCACACAGUCCCGCACAGCCCGAGCCCCGCGGGCAGUGCCCGGACGGACGCCAAGCCCACCCGGGACCCGAGAGCGCGCAAGCAGCCCCCCGCGCCCGCCCUGGGACCCACUCCCCCUGCCACCCCCAGACACGCAAACACGCCCCCCGCGCCCGCCGAGGCCCGCCCGGCGCAGCCCCCGCCCCCUCCGCCCCGGCGGUCUCACCUGGCCGCGCUCCCGGUCCCGCUCCGCGCCGCUCCCUUCGCGCCUCGCCCCUGCUCGGCCCCGGGGCCGCUGCGGCGGGAUGGGCCCGACCCACGGCGGCUCCGCUCUGCCUCGUCACGGGGACACCCGGGGCCGGGAGAGGGGGCGAACGCGAACCGCCACACUCCGCCCCCGUCCCGAUGCCCCGCCCCGCUGGGCCCGCCCCCAGGAGCCCCGCCCCAUCCGAGACUCCGCCCCUUGCGGCGAGGCUUAACUUUAGUCAACAGAGCCCUGCCCCUCUGGGGAGACCACGCCCCCUCCCUCACCCCGCCCCAGACUCUGGGAAGCUCCGCCCACCCCUCUGUCUCAGGAACUCCCUAG